AGCAAGAUGGGUCACCAGCAGGUCUACCACAGCCAUCCGAGGAAAUUUGGCCAGGGUUCUUGUUUUUGCCGCGUCUGCUCAAACCAGCAGGGUCUGAUCCAGAAAUAUGGCCUCAGUAUGAGCCGCCAGUGUUUCUAUCAGUACACGAAAGAUAGAGGCUUCAUUAGGUUGGAUUAA